UCUUGGGAAGGCGGAAGUGGGUGGAAUUUGCUGAUAAGACUCCAUUACUUUGUGCAGCAAAACGAGAUACAGUAGAGGAACGAGGUAGCGCACGAAACCACAAACGUGGUGAAGUAAUUCAUUGUUUUAACAAUAUUUGUAAAUUAAUAUGGGUCGUUCGAGGAGUCGUUCAAGAAGUAGAGGAAGACAUAAUUACAACAGAAGCUAUAGCCGAAGUCGAAGUCGUAGUCGAAGUUACAGUCCUUAUGAAGAAGGUCACAGAGUCCACGUUGCUGAUCUUGGGUUAAAUCCAUCUAAACCAGAUGUAAUUGAAGUAUUCGAAAAAUUUGGACCAAUUACGGAAGUGUGGGUUGCUAGAAAUCCGCCUUGUUUUGCAUUUGUUGUAUUUAGACAUCGAGAAGACGCUGAAAAAUCUGUAAGAGAAGUUGAUGGAAAGUAUAUAGCUGUAUUUGGAAGCAGAAUAAGGGCAUCUUUUGCCAGACCAAGAACAAGGGGUAAAAGGAGAAAAGGAGGUUUUGAUCCAAACCUGCGUUGUUAUCAAUGUGGUGAGAGAGGUCAUUUUUCAAGAGAUUGCGCAGAAGUUUGGAGGCAAAGACGAAGAGAGAGAAGUCGAAAAGUAGCAGCCUCUCGAUCAAGGUCAAGAUCUCGUUCAAGGUCAAGAGGAAGAAGAGAUAGAGAUCGACGAAGACCUGGUCGUAAAUCCAGAAGCCGUAGUCGCAGCAAGAGUCGUAGUAGAAGCAGGAGCAGGAGCAGAGAUAAGCGACGACAAAGUGACGACAAAUCAAGGAAACGGAAAUAUUCAAAUUCCAAGUCACGAUCUAGAUCAAAAUCAAAGUCACCAAGGAGAGAAAAAAGUGGAGAGAAAGAUGUAAAGGAAAAUCCAAGUGACAAAGAGGAUAUACCUAUGGAUGAUACAGAAGGAAAAUGGAAGACGGUUGAUGCAGAUGAAAUUGGAAUUGGAAUUAAAAAUGAUCAAGCAUCGGAUAAUGAUAGAAGUCCAUCUGCAGCACAGGACGAGUCAUUUGAUUAACUUUAACAUACAGACUAGUUGUGGCAUAAUUAGAAACUAGCAAGUCCUCAUUUCAUAUUAAAAUCAAACUCGCAUCAUCAUUGAUAUAAAAAUCAUAUCCAUUAUACAUUUAUAUAUCCCAUUUUAUGUUUUUCAGACAAUGAUAACUUUGAAAUUGCUUACAUACAUGUAGCUUGCAGUUUAUCAAUGAUGAUUUUAAGUUGAUAAAGGCAACCUUAUUAUUUCAUUUUCAAAGGUUUUCAGCAUCCUACCAUUCCAAGAUGAUCUUUUAUCACCCAUAAAAUGGUUUAAGACAUGCCUAUACGGUGCCCUAUAAUUCUACAAAAAGGAAAUCUACAAAAAGGAAAGGAAAAUUGAGAAUAAUUCUGAAGCCUUUUUCAAAUCAAAUCAUGUUCUCAAAAUAACAGGAGAAAUAGUAUGUGGUGAUGUCCAUUGUUGAUAUUUACCCAUUAGAUUUUAUAAGUCCGGUGACUUAUUUCCGUCAAGAAAGUGCAAGUUUGUUUCAGGUUAUCAUAGCUUUUUAUUUGCCUUCUCUUUAAAAUUUGGUGUCCAAGUAUUAAAGAUGGUUACAAUUUGAAAUUGUAAAUUAAAUAUCAUUUUACUUUUCAAAUUUUAUUUUUUAAAACACAUUCUGGGAAAACUCUAUGAAUUUUAGAGCAUAGUUAGUAACAAAUACUCUCCUUCAUUAAUUUUAUUUGACCAUAUUGAGGACCAAACUAGUGUACAACAGUGUAAUCAUUUAGUUUUGAAUAUAACAGCUAUAUAUUUGAAAAACAUGGGUAAAUAAAACUAAGUGAAGGUAAAUCUGACAACAUUCAUAAACUGUAUAUGGAUGAAUUGAAUAAGUGGUGGAUUUUAUUGCAUGAUGAAAUGAAGUGUGCUUAUUUGGUUAAAGAAGGUGAAAUUCAGAGAAAUUUUUUACAGAGUGAUACUUUGCUUAUAAUGGUUCAAUUAUUUUAAUAUGAUCGUCAUGUUUUUGUCUUGUAUUAUAACUGCUCUGAAUGAUAUUAAAUAUUAUGGUUGAUGUAUGUUACAUUUAAAUGUUAAAAUUCAGUGACAGCUACUAAUUAAUCCUUAAAAGAAAUACAUUCAUGUAAUUUAAUGAAGUUACUGUCAAAAUUAACAAAUUACUGAAACUAUGGGAAAUCCUAGAAUAACACUAUUCCUGAAGCAAUCACUGACCAUGGCUACAUCAGAUGGCAAUCAUGUGGGAUCGCUCUAUUAUAGAAUUUACGUCACUGGAUAAAUGUUAUUGCAGUUGUGUUUGUGGUGUAUUUAAAAAGUUUUGUUAACAUCUGAAUAUUAUGAUUAUAAAAACAUGAUUUGAAAUAAAA